AUGGCUGGGACAUCUCGGCGCCCAGCUGGGACGCCCCGGCAGCCUGGCGCGGCGCUUGCCUACAUGUUCCUGAGCUGCCCGGUGCUGCAGGGACAGGUACCCUCAUCCGGGACCGAAUCCCGCCCUGCGCUCUACCGGCCCACCUGGGGCGCACUGACCCGCAGUAGCCCCGACCCCGCCAGCAUCCUGAUCGCCAACCCUGGACUCCGGGUUCCCGUGGGCCGCUCGCUUUGGCUCGACCCGCUCCGGGACCUGGUAAUUCAAGUGCAGCCCGGGGACCGGUGCGAGGUGACGGUGCUGGACGCCCUGCUCUCUCUCUCCCCCCGGCGCUUCCCCUGCGCCUUCGGACCCCACCAGGUCGGGAACACUCACUUUGUACGGCUGCACCUGCGCUACGACGCCCCGACUUACACGCUGGCACUGCCCUUCACGCCGGCUGUGGACCUGACCUUCCCCCAGCCGGAGCUGGUGACGCGCAACAGGCCCUUGGUGGUGGAGAAGCUGCGGGGCUGGAGCCCAGCCAUCGACAGGAGCCUGCUGGACUUCGCCUCCCCGGUGAACCGGAGGGGAACCUCUGGGACCCGCAGGUGCCGGCUCACCCUUCUUCCUCCCCAGGGCCCACUGCCCAGGUAUGGACGUUUGGUGGACGCCACGGGGGCUCCUGUCCCCAGAGGCAAAGGCAUGGACUGUGAGGCUUUCGUCAGAGCCGGCGUGCGCUACCAGCAUACCGCCACCACCCGGUCGCCCAACUGGGACUAUGUGCCCUUGAUGGCGGAGCUGCUAGGGCCAGAAGACAGAGGCGCUGGGUCAGUGGAGGUGCUGCCUCGGGAGCACUUCCAGUUGCUGGUGAGCAUCCACGACGGAGUAAAGAACACUGUGCCCAGGCCCAGUUUUGGGGUGAUGACAAUGGAGGUCAAUCAGUUCUUGCUAACAGCCCUAACGCCUGAUGCACUGGCUGCAGAGGACACGGAGUCUGACCCUGAUGACCUGGUCUUCAACAUUCUCAGUGCCCCCACAACCACACCAGGGAAGCAGGGGUAUGUGGUCAGCACCGAUGACCCCCUGGGUCUCCCAGUUUCUUUCUUCACCCAGCGGGAACUGCGGGAACUGAAAAUUGCCUAUCAGCCCCCAACAGAGAACUUGAAUUCAGAGCACCUCUUCCAGCUGGAGCUAGAGGUGGUGGACGGAGGCGGUGCCACCUCAGACCCCUUUGCCUUCAGGGUGAUAAUGAAGCCCAUGAACACCCUGGCCCCAGUGGCUAGAUAUAACCAGGGACUACUGCUAUUUGAAGAUCAGUUAAAGCCCCUGUCCAGCAGCCACAGCCUUCAGAUCAGUGAUGAUGAUAACCUGGAAGAAGUGACAGUAAUGGUAGUAAGGGGCUUGAGACACGGGCAGCUGGUGGUACUUGGGGCACCUGGUGGGUGCGAGCAUUUCACACCAGUGGACCUGGCAGCAGGGCGAGUGGUAUACCAACAUGAUGGCAGCAACACCUACAGUGACAGUAUCAUUUUCCGGAUGCAGGAUGGGCACCACCAGGUGGAAUUCCUCUUCCCUGUCACCAUCAUACCUGUCGAUGUUGAACCACCAAAGGUCAAGGCCAACAUUGCACUCCCAGUUACAGAAGGACAGGUGGUCCAGAUUUCCCCCUUUGCCCUGAGUGCUACUGAUAUUGACUCUGAUGACUCAACUAUCCACUUUGUGCUGGAGGACCAGCCUCUAGAAGGAGAAAAGGAAGAAAAAGAGGGGGAUCUGACCUCUGGCUCCUCCCACUCAAGUCAGCACCCAGGAGAGAUGCUGCUGCAGCAGACUGAACCACCUCUCUAUCCUGAAGAUGAAGAUUGGUAUUAUGUGGAAAAAGAAGGACUUUAUGAGAAGGUGGUGACUGAGUGGCUUCAGCAAGACAUAAUGGAAGGGAAACUCUUCUACCGCCAUCUUGGACCCCAUAGCCCUCAACCUGUAAUGGCCCAGAUGACUUUCCAUGUACAGGAUGACCAUGACCUACCCAAUCUAUCUAACCAGCACUUAUUCACCAUUAAAGUUCAACCAGUGGAUCUGCAGAGUCCAGAACUAUUUCCAUAAACUAUCCUAGAAAUGACUGUGCACCAGUACCAACUCACUCACUUCCAGAAGAAAUUCCUCCAAUAUAUUGACCAGGACUCGGAUGACCAGAACCUUUGGUACACCCUACUGACACCCCCAACUGAUACAGAUGACAACCAUCAAGUACGGGCUGGAGAAAUUGUGCUAACUGACUCACCAGAUACGCCCAUCACGCAAUUCACCCAGGCCCAGGUAAAUCUCUACAAAGUUGCCUACCAGCCCCCAUGGAAGAAGCUGGGUAUUGUACCACGGGUUGUGCUGUUCACAUACCAAGUGGAGGAUGCUGCAGUAAACACUGUACCUGGCACAUUCACAUUAUUCCUGAAGCGUGACAAUCAGCCUCCAGAAGUCACCAACAGAGGCUUUACUGUCUUAGAGGGAGAAAGUUUUAUCAUCAGUAAUAAUGAAUUGGAUGUCAAAGACCCGGACAUAGAUGUUGACCAGAUUGCCUUCAUAUUAGUCUGGGGUCCCCAACAUGGACACCUGCAUUACUUAAAUAAAGAUAUGAUUCCAGGGGAACUUUUCAUGCAAGCUGCUAUUGUUAAUGGGAAUGUCUCUUACCAACACAGGAGAGACCAAACCGCCAAUGACACCUUCCAUCUGAAGAUAAGUGACACGGUGCACCACAUACCCAUCACCGUCCAGAUUUCCGUGCAUCCCACUGUAGCUGACAAAACUCCCAGGAUCUCUAUUACAGGUAGUCCAAUAUUAGAUGUUUCCAUAGAUGUACUAGAGAGCAGAGCCACUGAGAUCACCAUAGGUGUCAUACAAGGCAAAAAGAAAGGCACAGGCGACUUGAUGCUAUCUUUCAUUAUGGAGGAUAGCCCAACUGGGACUCUUCUAGUGAAUGGUUUACCUACAGAACAAUUCACCCAAGAGGAUCUCAUCAAUGGGGUAGUAGUCUAUCUCCACACGGGAGGUGAAGUUGGUUUCCAGAAACAACAUGAUGCCUUCAGCCUCACCCUCUCCAAAGAUUCUUAUCAAUGGGUGGUGGGAGACAGCAUAGUAAAGAGAGUGCAGGUGCAAGUGGUUGUGCUGCCUGUGGACAAUGUGGCACCCACAGUCUUGGUGGGGAAGUCCCACAUUGUUGAUGAAAGCAGGAAGAAUCCCUUGACCUUACAACAUCAAAGCAUUGAAGAUGUAGACACAUCCCAAGAUAAAAUCCUAUGCACAGUGACUGGUCAGCCAGCCUCUGGCUACCUGGAAAACAUUGCACCAGCUCCUGGCUCAAAAGAAUCACGGGCUGGUAGCCCCAUCAGUGCUUUCUCCAUCAGAGAUGUCCAAGUGAGGCAUAUCAAUUAUGUACAGAGUAUUCACAAGGGGUUAGAGCCACAGAAAGAUCAAUUCACCUUUCAUUGUUCUGAUGGCAUCAACUUCUCCCCAAAUGUCUUCUUCCCUAUAACCAUCUUACCCACCAAUGAUGAGCAGCCUGAACUUUUUGCUGGUGAGUUUGUGGUAUUAGAGGGGAUGAGCCUUGUCAUAGACAACAGUGGAGCAGAUGCUGACUUGCCACCGAAUGAGCUCCACUUUCAGCUCACAGUGCUCCCUCAGCAUGGACGAAUCCUACAGCAGCUGGCCACAGGCAGCCAGCCUAUUCACAGCUUCACCUUACAGGAGAUCCAGGAGGCCUCCACAAUUGUGUAUGAGCAUGAUGAUUCUGAGACCACGGAAGAUAGUUUUGGGGUCUGGCUGAGUGAUGGCAAACACACCAUCCACAGGAAGGUACCCAUUAUGGUGAUCCUGCUGGAUGAUGAAACCCCUCAUCUGACCAUCAAUGAUGGGCUGGAAGUAGAGAAUGGACACACCAAGGUAAUCACAAAUUGGAUCCUUAAGGCCACGGACCCUGACUCCGAUGAAAAGAGCCUCAGUUUUGUCCUCCGUUCAGAGCCUCAACAAGGGCUUCUACAGAGACUGAGAAAACCCAGAGGGGAGGGGAGGAAUAACCUCACCUUAGGGAUGAACUUUACCCAGGAUGAGAUUGACAGAGGCCUCAUCUGUUAUACCCACACAGGCCAAGAAGGAGUUCUUGACAUUAUCAAGUUUGAUGUGACUGAUGGGAUUAACCCUUUGAUAGGCCACUACUUCUACAUCACUAUUGGCAGCUUAAACAAGGUCUUCCCUGAGGUGGUUAGCUAAGGGCUUACCCUGACUGAAGGUGGCAGAGUGGCCCUUACCACCAAUCUGUUUAGCACCCGUGACAUCAACAGCCAUAAUGAACAGCAUCACUUCAGAAUCACACGGGCCCCUAGCCUGGGGCACUUGGAGAGCUCUGACCACCCAGGGAAGCCCGUUGCCUCUUUCACUCAGCUUCAGUUGGCUAGCAACAAAAUAGUCUAUGUCCACACUUCAAAUGAUGAGAUAAAGUUGGACAGCUUUGAGUUUCAAGUGACUGAUGGACUCAACACUGUGUUCCAGACCUUCAGGAUCUUUAUCACAGAGGUAGAUGAUAAGAAGCCUAUCUUGACCAUCCAUAAACUAAUACUGCAGGAAGGGGAAAGCAAACAGAUCACUCCCUUCGAGUUGACAGUGGAAGAUGAGGAUACUCCAGAUCAUCUUCUCCUCUUUACUAUCACCCAGCUCCCCAUCCAUGGCAGGAUCUUGUAUAAUGGCAGCCAUCCUGCGGCCACCUUCACCAAGCAGGACCUGAAUGAGAACCUUAUUAGCUACUGGCAUCCUGGCAGUGAGACAACUGAAGACAGUUUCUCCUUGACUGUGACAGAUGGAACUCAUGCCGAUUUCUAUGUUUUCCCAGACCCUGUCCUAGAGACACACAAACCUCAGGUAAUGAGGACCCAUAUAAGUCCUCUAGACAACAGGCUCCCCCAGGUUGCCAUUAACAAAGGGGCAUCAGCCUUGAAGUGCCUUCACACUGGACACAUGAGCUUCCUGAUUACCAGCAGGUCCCUGAAGGCAGAGUAUCAAGACAGUUUCCAUGUGUUCCUGAAGUAUAAAGUGACCAGAGGACCAGAGCAUGGCUUCAUUAUCAACACUGGUCUUGGAAACGAGAGCACUCGAGUGUUUACACAAGCUGACAUGGAUGAAAGGAAGAUCUGGUAUGUGUUGAAUGAAGGAAGAAAAGUAACAAAAGAUAUCUUAGACUUCUCUGUUGAAGACAAUGAAGGAAAUAAGCUAACACACCAACAUUACCAUCUAAACUGGGCUUGGAUUUCUUUGGAGAAAGAGUACUACAUUGUAGAUAAAGACUCCACAUUCUUAGAGGUAACCCUCACACACAGAGGGUAUCUUAAAGAAACAUCCUUUAUCAGUAAGCCUUUAUAUGACAAUAAAUAUGAGGCUUCAGAGACCUUCCAGAUCAUUCUGCUGAACCCUGUCAUGGCUGCACUGGAAUUUCCAGAAAUGGCAACAGUUGAAAUUAUAGACCCUGGUGAUGAAUCAACAGUUUAUAUUCCAGAGGCAGAAUACAAAAUAGAGGAGCAUGUUGGAGAGCUUUUGAUUCCACUAAGAUGGCCUGGAGAUGUUAGCCAAGAACUGAUGGUCAUUUGCUCUACACAUGAAGGUUCUGCCACAGGCUCCAUUCCUUCAACAGCAUUAUAUUUCACUGACUACAUCUCACAUCUAGAAGACCACACCAGCAUCCUCCGCUUUGACAAGGAUGAGGUUGAGAAGAGCUGCGGGGUCUUGAUCAUCAAUGACUCCCUCUAUGAAGAGGAGGAAUUCUUUAGCAUUUCACUGAGCCUGCCAGUGGGAGGGCGACUAGGAGCCCAGUUCCCCACCACCAGGGUGAUUAUCCUGGCUGAUCCUGAUGAUGAGCCUAUCCUGCACUUUGGGGAUGCUGAGUAUCAUGUCGAGGAAAGUGCUGGCUCUGUGGAGAUCUCUGUCUGGAGGACCAGCACUGACCUUUCACAAGCAUCCUCUGUCAUUGUGCGCUCCAGGAAGAGCGAGCCAGCCACAGCAGAAGCUGGAAUAGACCACGUUGGCAUCAGCCAAAAUCUGGACUUUGCUCCGGGAGUGCAUAUGCAGAUAUUCCAAGUGAUGAUCCUUGGUGACCUGAAACAGCGCACCUUGGAGGGUCCUGAGAGGUUUAAAUUAGUUCUCCUGAUGCCAGUGGGUGCAGUGCUUGGAGAACCAGAUAAAACCACCAUUUUCAUCAAUGACACCAUUGACUAUAAGCAGAGUGCUUGUAGCUCAUUUGACUGA